CGGGGCGGGCAGGAAGCGGGGCCGGUCCCGGGGCCGCAGCCCGCCAUGGGGGUGACGGUGGAGGUGCACCGCGUGUACCGGUACCCCUUCGAGCAGGUGGUGGCCAGCUACCUCCGCAAGUAUCCCAGUCCCAUGGAGAAACACGUUACGGCCGUAGAAACAGUGGAAGAGAAAACAGAUUCGUCUACAGGGAUUAUUUACCGGAGGAGAAUUGCAACGUGCCAGAAUGUAAUUCCUGAGAUUUUAAGAAAGGUCAGUGUCUUAAAAGUGCCUGACAUCUACUUGGAAGAGGAAUCUUGGCUUAAUAUGGAGAAAAGAAGCAUGGCCAUGAGAAGUCAUUGUCUUACCUGGACACAGUAUGCGUCCCUGAGCGAGGAGUCUGUCUUCAGAGAGAGCCUGGAGAACCCAAACUGGACAGACUUCACCCAAAAAGGCAGGAUAUCAGUUACGGGCGCAGGUUUGCUCAACUGUGUGUUGGAAGCUUUUGCUCAAUCGUUUUUAAAACAAGGUGUGAAGAAGGGUAUUAAAAUCAUGGAGACGCUUCUUCAGGAGCAGUGGGGGUGAUGGUGCUGGUGGUGACCAGCUGAGAAAAUGUAUUUGCGUAGAAUUUCCUUGGAGCCACAGAUCUUUGUUGCCAUCGGGAUUCCAUGGCUGCUGCCCAAACGUUACUGGUGCCAUUUUACUGAGGAAAUAGCAUUUAAUACACAGAGCUGGGAGAAGAGGGGACCACAGACUGCAAAUCUGCUACAGAAGAUGAAGGAAUCGUACUGCUGAUGGGGGUGUUGAUGGUGGAACUCAUGGAGGAAGGAGUCUAAGCUUGGAAACAGUGUUUUCUGUCACUUGGUGCUACAAUCUCUAGAGACUGAGAGUUCUCACAACACAGAAUAAGGAAACAGGAAUGCCCCUCGUGGCUGUGAAGCCCCCCCUCGCCCGGUCAGCACCUGGCUGAGUGUCUUCCCCAGGGUCGUGCUGUCACCCCCCAUGUGUCCGUGUCCCGGCUUCGUGCUGGGGGUGAGGCUUCACUCCGCAGGGCCAGCGCUGCCGCGGCCGAGCUGGUCACUGUCCCCUCCUCAGUCACUCGUGCUGCGGGGCUGCUGGCUGUCUGGAAGGGUUUGGUGACUGCCCCCUGCCAGCACAGCUCCUCUCAGCUGUGAGGACGUCCCGCAGUACAAGUUUUGCAUAUAGAUGAAUUCUUCCAGAAAGUGUUUCUCUUUAUUGCAGCUGAAUAGAAGAAGAGACCUGGAGGGGGAUUUGUCAAGUUUAUCUCUGUUUUUAUCUCGACAAAGGUUGCCUCAUACUCAGUUCCUCCUUUAGUUCCACACACCGCAUCAGGAUUGUUUUAUUUUAAACUUUGCAUUUCAAAUUCAGAUAAACACAAGCCCUCUUUGAUACCCUUUACUGAGUCAGGGUAAUGCCACACUUUAAAAAUGGCCCCAUUAAAGUCGGCGUAGUAGUUCUCAGUAUUCUGCCUCGUGAUUGUUUGUGCAGGCAAAAUCUUCUUGCUCAAUCCAACUGAA